AUGGCAGUGAUGACGAACGAGACGUGGCCACAUCCAUUUUACGUACCCCACUAUCUUCUCCGCGGUGAUCCAUUCGCCUCAAGACUCUCGAAAGAAGCGGACAUUGUCGCAGCUUUUUACAUCCUCAUUAUAGGUGUUUUGUCUGCCACGGGAAAUGGAUAUGUGUUGUAUAUGACUAUCAAGCGCAAAACUAAGUUGAAGCCUCCAGAGCUCAUGACUUUGAAUUUAGCCAUCUUUGACUUUGGCAUAUCAGUGACAGGAAAGCCCUUUUUUGUUGUUUCUAGUUUCUCCCACCGUUGGUUGUUUGGUUGGGAGGGCUGUCAGUUCUAUGGCUGGGCAGGCUUUUUCUUCGGCUGUGGGAGCCUCACCACUAUGACUAUGGUCAGCCUGGACAGAUACCUCAAGAUCUGCCAUCUAAGUUACGGGACAUGGUUAAAGCGACAUCACGCCUUCCUCUGCUUGGUCUUUGUGUGGAUGUAUGCAGCCUUUUGGGCCACUAUGCCCAUUGUGGGCUGGGGAAGCUACGCCCCAGAGCCUUUUGGGACCUCCUGCACUCUGAAUUGGUGGCUGGCGCAAUCUUCUGUAUCUGGCCAAAGCUUUGUAAUGUCUAUCCUUUUCUUCUGUCUUGUCCUUCCGACUGGUAUUAUGGUCUUCUCUUAUGUGAGGAUUAUCUUUAAAGUGAAGUCUUCUGCAAAAGAAAUCUCACACUUUGAUGCCCGAGUCAAUAACAGCCAAAACCUUGAGAUAAAACUAACAAAGGUAGCAAUGCUAAUCUGCGCAGGAUUUUUAAUAGCCUGGAUCCCGUAUGCAGUUGUGUCGGUGGUGUCUGCGUUUGGGGAGCCAGACUCAGUGCCCAUACCAGUGUCUGUCAUCCCUACUCUGCUCGCCAAAUCCUCAGCGAUGUACAACCCAAUUAUCUACCAGUUGGUGGACUUGAAGAAUUCCUGUUCACCCUCUUGCUGGAAGGUCCUGGAGAAACGCAGGCAUUUUCGAAAGUCAAGGUUGUACACAAUUUCCGGUUCGCUGAAGGACAAACGAGAAGCUAAAGAAGCUCAUGUUGAAAUGUGA